AUGUCUCUGAACCGGGUCCACGCCACAGAGCCCGGACAGUCCGUGGAGAACUCGGUGGAGUACUCCAUCCAGGUUCCGAGCGACUCCAGCGACGCGUCGGGUCGAGCGCGCGAGGUGACCGUGCUGCAGACGGGCUGCUGCCGCUGCCUGCCGCGUGCGGUACGCCUCGCUUUCGCCCCGGAGUCGCUGGAGAGGAUUUACCAAAGCUACUUCCGCCGACAGAGGCAAGAGAACCUGCACGUGCUGGGGAUGUUCGCCGCUCUUUUUAACAGUUUUAUCAUCAUCAUGUGUGCGGUGGUGUACACCGAGGACAAGCGAGCGAUGGUGGUGGUCGCAGCGGUGGGACUGGCCGCGGAUGUUGUCGUCUGCGCGCUGUGUUGGUUACAGAAGCUCCCCGCGUCCCCCGUGUGGCGCGGCGCGGUGCCGCACAUACUGUGGCUGAUGGUAACCGUGCACGUGCUGUGUUACAUGUGUCUGAACUUCGAGCGUUUCCCUCAGGCCUGCGACUCCGUGGGCUGGCAGGCGUUUUUCUGCUUCUCCUGUUUUCUGACGCUCCCUCUCAACCUGGUGCCGCUCCUGCUGCUCACCGCGCUCUCCUGCGGGGUUCACACGCUGGUCCUGGGGGUCAUCGUGGCCCAGAGGUUCGAGGACGGCCUGCAGGGGCCAAUGCUUGUCAGACAGGUACAGCCUUUUAGUUUAAGUGAUAACAGACGAGUUAAAAAAGUAGAAACUUUUGGUUUGAACAUGGAAACUCAUUUAAUAAAAAUGCAAAACUGACACUUUUACUAGAUUUUAAGGUUCUUUUAUUGGUGUUCUUUUAUAUUUUACCCUAUUUUAGUCCUAGAGUAGCUGUUUUGUUGUUUUAUUACCUCUUUUUUGAUUUACUUCCUGUUAUUGUUUGAUUUUAAAACUGUUUUAUUUAAUUAACUUUUAAAGCUUUAUCACCUUUAUUAUAUUUUAUCAUGGUUUUUAUCGUUUUAGUCCUAGAUCCAGUGUUUCCUCAUCUUCAUUAACUCAAGAUCGUGUUUCCUCAGUCAUCUGUAUGAGUGUGUGAGUGCUGCAUGUGUUGAAUGGGGGUUGGUAUUUGUAUUGUUAUUUAUUUUAUUUCAUUGUUUUUAAUAUCUUGUGCGAAUGGACAGCACUUUGCGCCACAUUCAAUGUAUGGAAAGUGCUUUAAAAAUAAAGUUUGAUUGAUUUACUUUGUUAUUUUGCACAGCAGACAAUUAUCUUCACAUCAAUAUUUUCACUGCAUGUCAUCUGGAGGUGCAGUUAAGUUGAUAUUCUGUCUUCGCCUCCCUUCAGCUCCUCGCCAACAUCAUGCUGUACCUGUGCUCGGCCAUGGUGGGUGUGAUGUCGUACUACAUGGCGGACAGGAAGUACAGGACGGCUUUUUUGGAGGCUCGUCAAUCGCUGGAGGUCAAACUGACUCUGGAGGAGCAGAGCACCCAGCAGGUAUGGAAGGACUUCCUCUAAAAGUCGAUAAAUAAAGGUGGGUGCAGAAAAGUUUGGGUGUAAGUCCUGCAAGAGGCCCUCUGGAGGAGGCAGAACUGGAAUAGUCACAAACCUCUGACAACAACAACAGCACAGGGUUCAUUUAAACACACUGAGACAUGAGUGAUAAAAGAGGGAUCUGUUCCUCCUCCAGGAGAAUUUAAGAAGUUAAAGCACCUAUAGGGAGUUUUUGGAUGUGUAUGAAACUGACUGAAAUUCUAGACAUUGAUAAUACUGUUAUAAAAUUAAUAAAAGAUGAAAAUCAUACCAACUAAAUCUUAAUUAAAUAAGUUAAAACUCAUAUUCAGUGAAAGCAAACACACAUUCACACACUGUGCCUAAUGAGAUAAUACAGUUCAGUGUUGUGGACAAACACCCUGUUGGUGUUGUAACAUGACCUGAGCUUCCUCCUCAUUACGGCGUGUUUUCCUCAGCUCAGGCCUAAUAGGUCGAUUAGAGAGACUCUAAUUCACACGAGCAGAGCCUCCAUCAGGGACCUGACUCCGUACGCUGAGAAUAAACUCUGUAAUGACCGACGAAAGAAGAUUCACCGUUCAUUUAAAGAGGAGAUCACACUCAUUAUAGUGAAGUCUGUUACACUUAGUUUUCUACAUUCUGUCUCCAGCUGACACUUGUUAACCUCGUGUACACAAACGGUCUAAUAAAAGUGCAGCAAAAACAUUACACAUUUAUAUAUUUUUUACUUUUAAAGCAUCACAUCUUAUCAACAACUUCAGACCUGUCCAAAGAUAUAAAGUUUAUUAUAAUUUUUUGAUAUUUUUUAGUUUUUUAGUGUCUUUUGUCAUAAGAACCCCUGAUUUUUUUCAAUGGGAAAAACACAAAAUUUGCAAAAUUUCCAAAAAUGAGUAAAGGUGAAAUAUUUUUGAUAAAGAUAUAACAGCCCUGACCAUGUCAAUAAUUGAUAAAAAUAUUGAUUUUAAUGCAUUAUUAUCAUUAGUGGCACAAUGACAGUUUUAAGUAAACACUGACACUUGUUAACCUCGUGUACACAAACGGUCCGUCUAAUAAAAGUGCAGUAAAAAUAUUUUACAUUCAUAUUUUUUUUCACUUUUAAAGCAUCACAUCUUAUCAACAACUUCAGACCUGUCCAAAUAUAUUGUUAAUUAUAUUUUUUUUCUAGGUUUUAAGUGUCUUUUGUCAUGAGAACUCCUGAUUUUUUUAAUGGGAAAAACACAAAAUUUGCAAUAUUUCCAAAAAUAAGGUGCAAAGUGAAAUAUUUUUGAUUGAAUUUUGAUUUUAAAGGUGAAUGUAACUGAAAUUAGACAGAGGAUGUGAAUUUCCCUGAAGUGUCUCUACAGUAGAGACCAUAAAACCAGCCAACCAUCCAGAGCACCAAUCAGAAGAUCUCCUGAAGACAGCUGGGAUCUUUUUACCGCAUCAACACGCCGUCAGAUCAUUAUUUUUCCACACUGCGAUCAUAAGAAACCCCCUCCUCUCUCUCUCCACUCUGUCUUCAUGUAGGAAGAUCUGUUACUCUCAAUCCUUCCAAAACACAUCGCAGACGAGAUGCUGCAGGGCAUGAAGAACGAGGCCGACCAGAAGGAGGUUCAGCAGCAGCAGUUCAACACCAUGUACAUGUACCGCCAUGAAAAUGUCAGGUCUGGAUUUGUCCGUUUGGUUUUUGAAUUGCCGUCACAGUUUCUUAAAAGUGAUGCUGAAACCUCUCUCACUUUUUUUCGUUGCAGUAUCUUAUUCGCUGACAUCGUGGGUUUCACGCAGCUGUCCUCGGCCUGCAGCGCUCAGGAGCUGGUCAAGCUGCUGAACGAACUCUUCGCCAGAUUCGAUAAACUGGCAGCUGUGAGUGUCGGGUUUGAUUUGAAGUUGCUGAAGUUUGUUUUCUCACACACUGACAUCCAUUACUGAUAUUUUAUAUUCAGCAGCUUCUCUAAAUAUCCUGUUUCUCACUCUCUGACCUCCAAAUCCAGCAAUAUCACCAGCUGAGGAUAAAGAUCCUGGGUGACUGUUACUACUGUAUCUGUGGUCUCCCCGACUUCAGAGAGGACCACGCCGUCUGCUCUAUCAUGAUGGGGUUAGCCAUGGUCGAAGCCAUCUCGUAAGACUCUAAAAGAACCAAAAACUGAAUAAAAGGAGGGAUCUAGACUUUGUGUUUCAGACUGUGUUUUCUCUUUCUAGGUAUGUUCGAGAAAAGACAAGAACGGAGGUGGACAUGCGGGUCGGGGUUCACACGGGCACCGUUUUAGGGGGAGUGUUGGGGCAGAAGCGGUGGCAGUUUGACGUUUGGUCCACAGACGUUACCGUCGCCAAUAAGAUGGAAUCUGGAGGGAUCCCCGGGUAUGAACAAAAAAAUCUGUAUUCAUUAGAAAUUUAGCCGAUACUUUCAAUCAGUCAUUCUGAAACACUUCACAAUUUACAGUGGAGGGAAAAACUUCAUUUGACAGGCAGAAACCCUGAGCAGAACCAGACUGAUGUUAGACAGACAAUCCUUCUUCCUCGAUAUUAAAAGGAGUUCUAGGCGGGUCCAUUUAUGAAAAAAAAUACUCUAACAAAAGGUUUCUCAACUGUUUUGUUAUAGUAUUAGAUGUCCUCAAUAACAAACUUAAAGUUUACCAAAGUUUGACCACGAGAAAUGCGUCAUUUUCAAGAUGGCGUCCAUGAUGGGUAGGAGACACCCCAGGUGAAUAGGGUAAAAUUUUUAACAAACAGAUAUCACCAUGAAACUCUGCAAGUUUAUAACUUACAUUAAGACAAAUAUUUUUUGUAUUACAAGUUUUGUCAAAUGUUAUGUUUGAAUAUGUAAAUGAGGUAAUAUCUAAUUAAAUAUGCAUUGAUUUACAAACGUUUGUAAUUUUCCAUGUGGCGGUACAGGAGAGUGCACAUUUCCCAGACCACCAAAGACAGUCUACACGGAGAGUUCGAGCUGGAGCCAGGAGGCGGAGGAGAGAGGUGUGAGUACCUGCUGGAGAAAGGCAUCGAGACGUACCUGGUUCUGGUGUCACAGCAGAUGACAAAUGGGCUGAGUGGAAAUGUGAGUGAUGAAUACGACCAAAGUCACCCACGCACUGAUUUAUAUGAGGUAAAUAAAAGUUAAUCUGGUCUCUCCACUCAGAAACCGGGAACUUUGUCCAACAGGAACUCAAACCAGCUGAUCAGCACCACAGCAACCAACGGGAGCUCGGCCACGCCUCAGUCCACGCCCACUGAGUCCAAACAGGAGGUGAGUUUAUAAACUCGUGUAAUCCAUCAAACAAUAUCUUUGAAAAUCCAACUAAUUUAAACACUUAAAGGUGGGGUAGUCAGGAUCUGAGGAAGUUCCAGUUUUUAGGAGAAAUCUUGAAUGUAAACUCUACCCCUCCCAACCAGUUUUCCCCUCAGCUCCUCCUCUCCAACAAGCCCCGCCCACAAACAGACGCUCCCGCUCGCUCGUAUCGUUCCAAUUAAAUUCAGAUAUAAUACUUCAGAUCAUUACAAAUGGGGCCCAGUCAAGGUGAAAGUCAAAAGCAUUGGUGCUACUGUAGAUGCCAACAGACUACCAGCAAACACAAUGUUCGCAGGACUUCUACAACGAGGAUAAAGUGACAUAGUCCAGGACCCGAGGGAGGACAGUUUAGCGAUGGAGCUACAACACGCUACAGCAGGUCCGUUUGACAAGAAACACUCCUGUUACAGACACUUGUCUUACUUUGUUAAAGCGGUUUACCUGUCCAGCAGAAAGGUUACAGGGUCACCAAGAUCCCCAAGCGUCCCCCAUCGUUUAUGUUGACCCGGCUUUUUAGCUCUUGUCCGGUCUACCUCCGUUUUAAGCGCCCGUUAUUCCUCCAGAGUCUCCGGUAUUUACUUUGUUUUCUUGCUUGUGUCGGCAGUCGUGGCCAAAGGAGGAUUCAGACAAUUUUCAGAACUUUCUGGUUGGUUUCUACUGUCCGAUAUUGUAGCACGCUAACGUUGUUUGGGCUCCUGAACGACACGGGGGAGCAGCGUCUGCCUCACAACCAAUCAGGUUAGAGGAGGUGGAGAACGGCUUUGUUUACAGUCAGAAAGAGCGGACCACUCUAAAAUGUUCAAAUGUUGACGACACAGACAUAAGAGAACACAGAGAUAUCGUUAUAUUACCAAAUGUCAUCAAUAACUAAUAACUAUUGACUAAAGAUGCUUUUUUAACAUAAUCCUGCCUACUUCACCUUUAAUGUCUGAUCAACAACCGUCAGAGGAUCAGGAUGAUCGAGGAACAAGUGAUCAACCGACGACUUCAGCAGGAGCUUCUGGAGAGAGAAACUCAGCAAAUGUAAGAAACGUGAACCUGAUCAGACAGAAAACUGUGUGGAAGUGUGUCUCCUGACGCCUCUGAUGUUUUUCUUCUACAUCAGAAUGAAGGAUCAUAAAAUCAACCACGUGUCUCUGCACUUUGUGGACGGGAAGUUGGAGAAGCAUUACUCCUCGGAGAAGGAGAAGAGAAGCGGCGCUGCUUUCUGCUGCUGCAUCAUCGUGCUCUUCUUCAUCACCGCCAUGGAGGUGUUCAUAGACCCGGUGUAUGUGCCAAACAAACACUCACACUUAAAUCUAAAAUAAGCAGAACUCAUUACUGAUGUGAAGGUGUGCUCUCUUCGUAGGCUGGCGGUGAAUUAUGUAACUCUGGCUAUAGGAGAGGUUCUGCUGCUCAUCCUCACGGUCUGCUCUCUGGCGGCCAUCUUCCCCAGGGUGAGAAAACCAAAUUAGCAUCUAUGGACGUGUGCUGGAGAGCAGAGUUUCAUCUUCUGUGAACAUUUUCAACCUUAUCUUGAAGUUUAAGUUAUAAUAAAACAUUUUAAAACUCAGAUGUAUGAAGUUAAUUUGAUAUCAUGAUGUUUUGGAUGAUGGUUUGUUGCUGUUUGUUCAUCACAGAUGUUCUCAAAGAGGUUGGUGUCCUUCUCCAUGUGGAUCGAUCACACUCGGUGGGCCAGAAACACCUGGGCCAUGGCGGCCAUUUUCGUUCUUACCAUGGCUAUCAUCGCUGACAUGGUAAGACUGCGAGCUUCUAUUCAUUUAUAUCAUCACUCUUCUAGUCUGUGCGCGUCUCUCCUUGCCGUUUCAUCACCGUCAGACUCUCUCUGCCUUUCACAUGUCGGCCUGAACACUCCCUGUGGGGUCCAUUAGUUGUCUGUCUCACUGCCUGCUGGCUCAUUUGUCGCAGCCCCACAGGAGCAGCCUGUUACACACACCGCUGCUCCGACGUCUGACAUGAACACACAUGUUGGAUUAUAACUGUCAGGGCUGUCGUGUGAAGGUGACGGUCACACUUGGACAAAAAUGUUGGGAGUGUGUUUUGCUAUUUUUGUUGUUACUAGAUGAUUAUUCUCAACCGCAGACCCUCGGCUUUAAUACGAUCAAAACAGAGAAGUCAUAAAAAAGGAUUUUGAUUUACAUUUGUUGCAAAAAAUAGGUCGUGAAGACCAGGAUAGAAACCUCCAGAGUGAAAAAACAAAAUAACAAAGAAUCUACAUGUUAAGAAACUCAACUUUAUUUAUAGAGCACUUUAAAUACAAACAAAGCUGACACAAAGUGCUCUACAUAAUAACAUAAAAACAUAAAACAACAAUAAAUAAGCAAUAAAACAAAUGCCGUCUCAUUUUUGGUCAAAAGCCAAGGAAUAAAAGUGGGUUUUUAGACGGGUUUUAAAAAUAGACAGUGAGGGAGCAAACAGCGACAGCAGAAAACAAACAUGUUGAAAGAUGUUUUGAUGAAUAAUCAGAUGAUCUGUGAGCCUUAUUUUUCUGUUUGUACUGUACACACUGUAAGGCAUUGUUUAGUCUAAAAGAGGUCUAAUAGAUGUCUAAAUGUAGCCGAGACGACUGGUCUAAAUACAGGCUACCACAGGUCUAAAAAUUAAAGUUUUUUAGACGUCUAAAUUUAGACAAAGUCUUUGAAGGUCUAAAUUUUGCUUCACAGAAAAAAGAGGACUAGAGUUCAAACCGGUCCGACAGUAACUACAUGUCAACAUCGCAAACCGGGGGGGAAUUAUGUUCUGUGUCAUUAAUUCCUAAAGUUUGUCCACAGCUCCAUAGGGAUUGCUGGCGGAGGCGGGAUUUGUGCCCUAUACUGCAGCCUGUCACCAGAGGGUGCUGUUCUCGGAGUGGCUUCACCCAGCCAGGAGGCAGACUCUGUCCAUUCUAUAGACAGUCUAUGUUUUUAACACGGGUUCCUUGGCUAAUGAAGGCCUCAAGUGGACACUUCUGGAACUGCAGUUUUUGGGGUUGCCGCUUGUUAUCAACACAGUAUUUAAACCUAAACACUAACUGAUCUGUUUCUGACCUGCACAAACCUACAGCCAAUCAGAAUGUGACGUAGUUACCAUCAUAUCCAUCAUAACAAACUUCCUGUUCUCUUCCUCUCUCAUGUUUACAGCUGAGCUGCGUUCCUCCGUCCCUCCAAGUCUCCAACAGCUCUUCAGGCCCGGUGUUGGAGUCGCGAGGAGACCGAGGCUGCACGGAGAAUCCGAAGCACUACAGCUUCAUGGCCGUGAUGUCACUCAUCGCCACUGCUAUGUUGGUCCAGGUCAGCCACCUGAUCAAACUGGGCCUCAUGGUGCUGGUUGUCACGGCAACCGGAGCUGUUAAUAUUUACAGCUGGCGGGACAUCUACGACCUGUAUGACUACACUCAGUUUGCCUCAUACAGGUCCGUGUCUUAAUCUUUAGUUUAACACGAAGAACUGGACGUGAUGUGCUUCAUUUACAUCAUGAUUUAUUCUGAGUCAAACUUUUGUGUUUCCAGAACAUCCAUGGUGCCGUCCAAAUACCUCAUGACCAUGAUGAUCAUCGUCAUGAUGAUCGGCUUCUACUUCUUCGCCCGCCAUGUGAGUCCACUUUCUCCAACACACCCAUACAGUAGCACACUCACACGGUGUGACAGGUGGACAGAGCAUCUUGGUUCAAAAAGCAAAGCCAAAACUGAGGCGCUUAAUCCUGCACUAUUAUGUAUGGCCAGUUGGGGGCACAUGAUCCACCUGUCACUUUCUCAUCUAUUCCAUCGAACCGGCAUUUCUUCUGCUAUUUUCUUCUUGUGUAGUUGGAGCUUCAGUCCAGGCAGCUGUUCCUGUGGAAGAUCGGUGUCGGGGACCAGAAGGAGAGAGUGUUUGAGAUGAGGCGCUGGAACGAGGCGCUGGUCACCAACAUGCUGCCGGAGCAUGUGGCCAAACACUUCCUGGGAUCGAAGAAGAGGGAUGAGGUACGUGUGAACAAGAGCCGAGAGAGAAAGUGUGAGUGAAAUUUUCUCAUUUUUUACACUUCACUUCCCUCUUGUGGUCUGUUUCGUAAUUGCAGUUCAGUGCUCUCUAUUUUUCUCUGUUUUUCAAACUAACCCAUCCUUUGUGAUCCUUUAGGAGCUGUACAGUCAGUCCUACGAGGAAAUAGGUGUGAUGUUCGCCUCCAUACCGAACUUUUCUGAUUUCUACACUGAGGAAAGCAUCAACAACGGAGGCAUAGAGUGUCUGAGGAUCCUCAAUGAGAUUAUCUCUGACUUUGACAGCGUGAGUCCCUCUAAUGUUCACACACUGAGGCAUUAAAGGGAUAUUCCGCUGAAAAUUAAUUUAGGGUCAAACACACCGUAACACCGAGUUAGACACCCCCUUGAGAGAUGAAUGUCGCGGACCGCUUGACAUAUAGGGUCCCAGCCAUAGUACUAGCCACCAAACAUCUUUUAACUUUGCCUGAUUUCUUUAGCAAAGAGACUUAACACAACUCACCUACUCUCUUCCAUCAGCCGCUUGUUUGUAACGGACUGCUGCGGGGUGCCGCAGCUCAAGGAAGAACAUUUAUGAUCAUUUCCUCAUGGAGAUACAAUCAGACCAAAACGCUAAGGCAGAAGAACUACCGCGUCUGCAGAGCAAAAUGAUUAAUAUGGUAAUUAUUACUUUAAGGAAAUGAUAAAGUAAUGAUCAUAAAUGUUCUUCCUUGAGCUGCUUCACCCCGCUGUAGUCCUUAAUAGAGUAGGUGAGUUGUGUUAAAAGAUGUUUGAUGGCUAGUACUAUGGCUGGGACCCUAUAUGUCCUGUUGAUGAAGUUCGGUGCUGUUCUGAGCAUUAUUUGUGGCUAUUGUGGUGUGUUUGACCCUAAAUUAAUUUCACGCAGGAAUAUCCCUUUAAAUGCAAAAGGAGCCUCUUGGAUAAAUGAUUAUUUGCUUUCUCAUCCAGCUGUUAGACAGGGAGGAAUUCCGCUGCAUCACUAAAAUCAAGACCAUAGGGAGCACCUACAUGGCCGCAUCGGGACUCACUCCAGACAGCAGCACCAACGGAUACACCUGCCGCAAGGUGAAAACAGCUUCGAUCUAAUCUCAGAUUUUUACCUUGUUGGUAUAAAAACUCUUUGGGGCUGCAUGACGUUUCUGCUGUUGCCCCACAGCCGGAGGACCAGUCUAUGGUGGAGCGCUGGCAGCACCUCGCAGACCUGGCAGACUUCGCCUUGGCAAUGAAAGUCACCCUGACCAACCUCAACAAACAGUCCUUCAACAACUUCAUGCUCCGAAUCGGUGAGUGGAUAAAGAGACUGUGCUUUUCUUGUAAAUUUAAAGCCUGUAAAUAUUUUCAUGUGUUUUUUCCUCCAGGUCUAAAUAAGGGGGGAGUUCUGGCCGGAGUUAUUGGAGCUCGUAAACCUCACUACGACAUCUGGGGCAACACGGUGAAUGUGGCGAGCAGAAUGGAGUCAACAGGAGUGAUGGGAAACAUUCAGGUAAACUCUGAUAUGCAACUCACUAAAGUGUUCUCUUACUCCCUUUUUGGCUUUAAAUGUUACGCCCCACUCUGCCCCCAGGUGGUGGAGGACUGUUACAACAUUUUAAAGGAUUAUGGCUUCAGAUUCAUCAGAAGAGGGCCCAUCUUUGUCAAAGGGAAGGGGGAGCUGCUAACCUUCUUCAUGAAAGGGAAGGACAAACCCAAAGACAAUCGUGGUCCAGUGACUACUGCUCUUCCACACCAAGUUGGGGACCUCUCUUGACUCUUGAAGUACCUCUAACUCAAGGAAAAGCCUCCAUCAGACUUCCAAUGUGCUUAACUUCUCUUGUAUACAAUGGUUAUUUAUUUAUCUAUAUUUAUUUCAUACGCUCUGUCGCUAUGAAAAUCUUAUGGAAGUACAAUAACACAGAAAAUAGUUCUAUAAUAAGUACUGCAACAUACCAUCACACAGACACAAAGAUGAGCGCAAACAGACUCUGUGUAGUUGUGCAUGAGGAUUAAAGGCCUGGAGUUACUGAUAUCUUUCUUUUCCAGGUUUGAAGAUCAGGUAUAAUUACAUCAGGAGGCUUUUAUUUAUAUUGUUUAAUAAAAU